AUGGCCACCCUCUCAUCCCACUCCUCUCCCAAGAGCUCUCGCCCUCCAACUCCCGAGUUCAAACCUUCUUCAGCAGCCGACGAAGGUCCCUCAAGUGCCAUUCCCAGAUCUCGCAGUGUCCAGUUCUCCACCUCGACUGCCCCAAUGUCUCGCUCCAUCUCUCCAAGAAGUAAUGCCCACCAGCAGCAGCAGCAAGCGGAAAGCUCAGCCGACGAGAUCACCCCCAUCGUUAACCGGGAGAGAGGCGGGGCAAAGAACAAGAACUACGAUUCUACGUCUACUGGGCAGCUUGCGGAAUCGGGUGAACCGGGCACAUCUCGACAUAGUAGUAGCUCAAGCGCGAGGAGGAGGACAGGAGGGCAGUCGAGGUCAGGGUCGAAAGGACGAGACUUUAGCGCCGAGGAAGGGAAGGGUGGAGGAAGUUGGUGGAGAGAAUUGGCCGAGAAAUAUGGGAGUGUGGAAUUGGAAAAUAAGGGUAGUGUUGCCAGAGAUCACCUUGCUCUUGAACGUACCUUCUUGGCCUGGCUUCGCACCUCCCUUGCCUUCGCUUCCAUCGGCAUCGCUGUAACCCAACUCUUCCGGCUCAAUACUACCAUCUCGGAGCGGGAAGGCUAUACUCCUACCAAUCCAGACAACACGUACCAUCUGCGCCAGGUAGGCAAGCCAUUGGGAGCUACUUUUCUAGGAAUCGCAAUCUUAGUCUUGCUUGUCGGAGGGAGAAGGUACUUUGAGAGCCAGUAUUGGAUCAUACGGGGCAAAUUUCCCGCCAGCAGAGGCAGCGUCUUCCUUGUAACCUUUGUCGCUCUUGCUUUGAUCGUCACCAGUCUGGUCGUUGUCUGCGUUGUCGAUCCAAGCGUCUUCGAGAAGAGAUAG